UGGAGUUCUCACAGCGAGUGUUUCCGCUCACCUCCGAUAAAGAGCUGCUGGCUGGAGAGCCGAGGACGCGGAACAGAGCGGGGGACUACGCGACGGAAACCAGGGUGUUUAACCGAGUCUUUCUACCGUUCUGGCUUCAGCGUUUCCCGCAAACGGCUCCAUUAAUGUCUCGAAUGUGAUCCGGGAGAGAGAGUGGAGGGCUCGCUACUGGUAACCUUUACGUUGGUUAAGCCGUAGAGGACUCUCCCUGGCUUGUCGGAGGAAAGAUGUGCGAUGGAAUGGUAGCGUUUCAGACGAGAGCCUUGUCCUCUUCCUCUACCUCUACCUCCUCCUCCUCCUCCUCCUCUCGAGCCCGCAGGCUGGCGGCCUCCGCACUUCUCCUCCUCUUCAUCCUGCUCCCUCAUGGUCAUGCAUCAGGCUGUGGGCGGCCGCCCAGCGUGCAGCACGGAGACCUGCUGAACCAGACCGAGUCCAACCGGGGCUCCUUUCCCCCCGGCACCCUGCUGGCGUAUGGAUGCUGGCAUGGCUACAUUGCGGACGGACCCACGGCCAUCAUUUGCACCAGUGCAGGAACAUGGUCUUAUGAACCUCCACGCUGCAUCAAAAGCAAUGUGUGCUCGCCUCCUACUGAACCGGAGAACGGGGGCUACCGCUGUCACCCGUCUCCCUGCCAUCUCACCCAGAAGACCGUUAUCGAGUACUUCUGCGACGAGGGCUACGCUCUGAAGGGGAACUACAAGUUCCUCACCUGCCAGAACGGCGAGUGGGACGGCCCCAUGCAGAUCAGCUGCCGACUCACACAAGAUAAAGAGCCCAGCUCUCUGCAUGGCAUACCAGCCCUGUCUAUUGUGGCAUCCACAGCCAGUUCUGUUGCUCUUAUCCUGCUUUUAGUUGUGCUGUUUGUUCUUGUUCAGCCAAAGCUCAAGUCCUUCCAUCACAACAGGAGAGAACAGGGGGUCUCGGGCCACCCCAGUUCCAUCAUGGUGGAGGGUGUCCAGGUGACGCUGCCCUCUUACGAAGAGGCCGUCUAUGGAAGCAGUGGACCCUGUGGCGCUUCUGCUCCUCCCCCGUCUCCACCGCCACCUCCAGCUCCCCCAGAGUCCCGAGUCCCCAUCGUUCUGUCGGAGGGGCUUCCUCAGGGGGCCGCGGGAGGCCACGGCUCCGGCAGAUCUCGCCACCACAGAGACUUAGACUUCUGCCUCCCCUCCACCUCCUCCUCCUCGUCCUUCUCCUCCCGCCAUCACGCAGAGACAGUGCUGGUUCAUCAGGCACCCUCCUCUUCCUUCUCCUCCUCCUCUUCAUCAUCGUGGGCUCGGGAGCACCCUGGGGGUGCGUGCGCCGGCCCCCUACCUCUACGCAGAGACUCUGAGAGCAGCGACCAGCACAGUCUGCUCUCCGUCACCUCCGCUGACGAGUUUUCUGAUGAUAUUCCCCUGCUGAAGGAAGCAUGAAGCCUGCCGGCCCGCUAUCAGCAUCUGCAGCAGAGCCCCUCUCUCCCUAUCUCUCUCACUGCUGGGCCGGACUGACUGUGGCUGCCAGCCCUCUUCCCCCGUGGCGCCCCUCCCUCCUCCACCCUCAGCAGCCAGCAGAGAGAAACACCAGAACGAUGCCCAUUCCUCCAUCGCAGCCUGCUCUGCCGCCGCUAUCCGCGCAGAGCCAAGCCAACAACCGAUACUGCAACCGAAGCAACGGUGGAGCGCCGCAGGAUCCAACCGCUGGAUCAACCUCAAGACGAGCCAGACUAACCAAGUGGCGCCAGCUCAACGGAAACCCUGUAGAUCCUGUGUAUAUGAGUAAAACAUACAUGCUGAGUCAAGGUUGUGUACUAUAGGAUAUAUAUUACCACGCACUUGCCUCCACCCAGGUGUAGUUCUCUAUUUUAAAAUCUCUCAGAGAGGCUUCUUUUAGAGAAGGCAAGUGAAACACGAGGACUGUGUUUGCUCGUACUGCAGACACAGGAGAAAAGAAAAAAACAAAGUUGUGAUUUCCGCUCCCGACGCCGUGGCGGCGGCGCUCGCAACUCAAAUCGUCUUCCCGCUGUACUUGAAAAGUUGUGAGUGAAGUUCCGUGCGGCCCUCUUUGUGAAUGCUGCAUGUUGUUUUCGGUUAUUGCUGUCGCAGCACAGCGGCCCACUCUGAAUGAAGCAUGAAGCCUCCUCUGUCUUUCCAUCUCUCCCUCUCUCUCUCUCUCUCUCUCUCUCUCCCUCUGAAGCUAUCGGUGUAUGCAGUCUGGCAUAUGGAUUAGUCGGAGUGACAACCACUUCACUAAAGCUAAAAGCAGGAGUGCAGCGUUUCCUGAUGCACCAUAUCACAGCUAUUAACGGAGCUGCUCCUUUCUUUCCCGUUCUGUUGCCAGCUGCACCUGCUGUCUGGAAGCUGCUCAUUCUGUUGCAUGAGUGGGGUUGAUUGGUGUUUUUUUUUGUUGUUGUUGUUGUUUUGUUUUUGGUGCUGCACAUCUUCAACUAGGAAAAGGGAGGCUUCAAGUCACAAAGUGUCUGAGCUGAAGAGAGUCGUUGAACCUGGUGACUGGGCACAUGACAAUGCUUUGACUUUGUUAAUUUUUCUCUUUCUUUUUGUAUUUAUUGUUUGGCGUGUGCUUCUGUUUGCUUUGAGUUGUUGAAUCUGAGUGCAUGUGAGUGUGUUUGUUAUGUGUGUGUAUGUGUGUGUGUGUGUGAGUGAAGCAGGGCGUUCCAUGUCCUCAUAUGGCAGGCCUUGAUACAGCCAUUCCCAGACUUCUGUCUCUCUCUGUCUCUGUCCACCCCCCGCUCCUCCCCUGAUCAGAGUCAGGCUUCACAGCGUCUCCGUCUCUCAGCGUAGGAAAACAUCCCUCCCGGCGUGAAAUCACUCACAUGUAGAAACCAGCGUCACCCUGAGCAUCAAACCCGCCACACAGUGUGCGCAUUAUUCAUCUGCUCUCCAGCUCGAAUGCUUGUUCUUGCCUGAUGAAUGGCUGUAAAUCACAGAUCUCCUCAGAGGAACUGGCUCGCACCCAUCCUCACACUGAACUCCACUUUUGUGCAUUAUUGACACGAACUGCAACUGGUUGCAGUGAAGCGAUGAAAAAAAAAAAAAGUUUUUGUUCUAUAGCACCCCCACCUCACCCCUGUCACAUAUAUACUUGCUCACGUCUCCAAUGCCAAGUGCAAAUAUAGGAAAGAGUCUCAUUGUUUUUUUUCCCCGAGUCAUCCUCCGUCUUCAUCGCCACCUGAACGGCUUCGAUGGUUGAGCUGGUCACCCUGGAAACAGCAGGACUCGGACAGAUCCGCAGAAUUACUGUUUUGAGCUUUGCCACUUUAAAAGAAAAAAGACACAACGACCAAUCUGAAUCUUCGCUCUCAGUUCGAUCUGGCGUUCAUGGUCUGUCACUGUCGACGGCUACAUUAAUAAUGCAAACAGAAUGUUGCCUUAGACUUGUACAUUUUCUUUUGUUCGUGUAUAAUCCCAAGCCUCUGCUUCGGUCGCUUUACAUUACUUCAACAUUGUUCUGUUUUCCUAAAUGGCCUUACUCGAUUCUUUUCUAUUCUAUGCAUAGAACUGUCUUUGCAUAUUUAUCAGAGUUUACUUUUGCUGUGGACACGACUAAACGAAUGUCCGUCCUUCCUGUCCUCCCCCUAAUUCUUCAGGCUACUGUGAUGAUGAUGAUGAUGAUGAUGAUGAUGAUGAUGGUGAACCUAUAAGCACCUAUAUUUAAUUACUCCUUGGCUUAUCUUUUGCGACAAGGCAUUAAAACAUAAUGGACAUGAAAAAAAGAAAUUAACUUUGUGUUCAGAGACACUGUUGUACGGUGUUGCUCCCCUGAAAAUAACAGACAAAAAAAGAAAAGAAAAAACAAAUACCCAUCUCGAAUCCUAGUUUCAAUGCUUUCAGCUUCGGUUUUUUUUUUCCUCUGUACAUGGCAGUGGGUGUGAAGAUAGUAAUUUAAUAUUUGUAUAAAGUUUAAUUUAAUUUUACAGUGUGUAUAUAACUUUCUAAUUAAAGCUUUCUUUUGAAUGUG